AUGGUUGUUGAGUGGAGUGUUGUGGAUGAGAUCCGUCUACUGCGGUGGGUAGCCGAAUUCAAGCCCGUGGGCGUGCACAAGCACUUCCAUAUGGUGUGUAUCCUGGAGCGGAUGAACAAUGCGGAGAAGUACCCCGUUGUGACGCUGCAGAAGGAGGUUGUGCGGCAGGGGAAGACGUUCAGCGCGCGGGACCUGUGGGAGAAGCUGAGCGGGUACUACAACCUGCAAGAGGCUGACCUUCUCGAGUUGCAGACCGGGCUGGCAGGGCUGGCCCCUGAGAUGAGCAGGGAUUUCAGUCUUCCCUGGGACGAGUACGGUGAAUUGAUCUUGGUCAAUGCGAAGAACGGCGGACACAGUCCUGCGGCGAAAGCUGAGAGUGUCCCCGAAACGAGUGAACUGCUGCAAACGCAGAAAUCGGACACGGUCGGACCGCCACAGGACGAGGUGGGACCCUCCACAUCUGUGGAACAGUCCGUUGAACCAACGGUUUCUGCCAAGGAGGAGGAAUCACAGGAGGCACCGGCCACCACUGAAGAGCCAAUUGACAGGGAGCCGAGUAGCCCCUCGACUGGCCUGGACGCUACAGAAGGGACACCCGAGCAAGUGGAGUCCGCUCAGACACAAAGUGGGCCCCCCGAGGCCGAAUAUCCUGCUUCCAGCCCUGCUGUGAUACCCGAAACUGAUCAGACACAGGUUGAAGAGCCAUCGGAUGAACACGAUGACGGUGCGCAUUCCCGCAGUGUAUCUCCAGAACGCAGUGAGGACAGCGGGAACAUAGCACGGCGUAUACGAAGACAGUCCGUGCGGUUACGGGAGAAGAGUAACGAGGAGAUCACCGAGGAGACCCCAGAGACAAGUGGGGCGACACCGUUAGAGAAGCGACCACGCGACGAGGACUUGUCGUCGCCGUCGCCCUCUGCGGGCACGGACGAACCGCUGGCGAAGCGGACGAGACACUCUGCACAGACUCAGGAGCCUGAACCACCGCAGUCUCCGCCGGACAAGAAGAGGCUGUCGCAGCCGAAGAAGUACCCGAGGCGGCAGACGCAACCGAAGAGAACCUCAAGCCGGCUACGGUCACGCAAGUAG